CUGAAGCUGGGAGGAGGGAAGCUAUCGGAUCCACCUCUUUCGAGUCAGUUGGAAACCCCGGAGAGGGGGGGGCAGGGAGGUUGGGGUCGGCAGCGUUAACAGCGGCGCGCGCGCGCCCGGAAGUGACGCCGCAUGACGCGGCGGGGCGCGUGCAGGGCGGCAGAAGUCCGGGGUUGCAGGAGAAGAUGGCGGUCUCCACAGGAGUUAAAGUUCCACGUAAUUUUCGCUUGUUAGAAGAACUUGAAGAAGGCCAAAAAGGAGUAGGCGAUGGGACAGUUAGCUGGGGACUGGAAGAUGAUGAAGAUAUGACACUUACAAGGUGGACAGGCAUGAUUAUUGGGCCACCAAGGACAAACUAUGAAAACAGAAUAUACAGUCUGAAAGUAGAAUGUGGAUCUAAAUACCCAGAAGCACCUCCAACAGUUAGAUUUGUAACAAAAAUUAAUAUGAAUGGGAUAAAUAAUUCCAAUGGAAUGGUGGAUGCACGGAGCAUACCAGUGUUAACAAAAUGGCAAAAUUCUUAUAGCAUUAAAGUUGUACUUCAAGAGCUAAGGCGUCUAAUGAUGUCCAAAGAAAACAUGAAGCUUCCACAACCUCCAGAAGGACAAACAUACAGCAAUUAAUUUUAACAAAUCUCAAACUUAUCUAAACCAACAACCUUCUACUCAUGUUAAUGUCUUGAUUAAAUCUCACAAUGCAAAACCCACACAUUAAAAGAAUUCCAGCUGGUAUACAUGACCUGGACAUUUGUAAGAAUAUAUUUAAUAUAUGUACACCCAUUAUGUUUUCAGGCACAAUGGGAAGAAAAAUGCAGCACAAUUUUUUUUUUCCUCUUAUCAAGGCACUAUCAUUUAAGCAUAAACCUGGAGUACUCCAAAUGGAAUUCAGGUUUUACAAGAUGAAAGCAUGGCAAGAAGUGUCAGAUUGCUGUGGAGUAAUGUAUGUUUCAGAAAUCUAAUUUCUCAAGAAGGAAAAUUAUAAAUGGCAUGCUUGAUCCAUCUUGCUUAGUGAAAGAGCUGCAAUUUAAAUUGUUUAAAAUAGCAGGUACAAUAAAUACUGUUGCUAAUUUUGUUUAAUUUUUGAAGAGGUGUGGGUACCAACUACUAGUAGUAACAAAGAGUAUGUUCAGGAUUGUUUUGAUACCUGUAUUUAUAAAACGGGGGGAGGGAUUAAGGGAGGGAGAUGGAUUUCUGUUUUAAAGCAGCUCCUGUGUGUUACAUGUAACAGACAUGGUAAAUACUUGUUUACAGUCUUUGUUAUGAUAAACCAUGAAUUUAAGUUUUAAGUGAAAAAACAAAGGAAAUAGGUGUAUGGAUAUGUGAUUCUGAGAUAAAAGUUAGUCUUAAAAUGUAAAUAAAAUGUGGAAAGUAUCCUCAGAGACUGUGCCAUUUCUAUGAUAUUGCUGUAUUAUAUGUACAAUAAUUUGCCGAAGUAGCUGAAAUCAGAAUUAUUGUAUCCUGUUGAUCUCUCUAUUUGUUCCCCUAUUUUUGUAUAUUAGUUAAUUAGACCUUUGGUUAUAAUUGCAUAGGAGCAAUUACAUAAUUGAUUUUAUCCUGAGAGAAUAGAAAUCCCUUGUAUUGUGUUUUUAAAACCUCACAAUUUUUAAUCACACCAGAAUUUUCAACACCUGUCUCUUAUACUCUUUGUUUUCACAUGCUUUUAGUUUUUUUAAACAUCUUUUUUUUUUUUUUAACAUUUUCCUGUAAAACAGGUUGUUCCCACUAAAAUACUCAGUUACAUGGAAGUAUAUAAGCAUGUCUCUUCUUUUGACUAUACUGUCAGCCCUUGACUGCUUAUGAUAUGAGAAUGAAUUUCAGCCAUACCUCACCCAAAACAUUUCCAAAUCAUAUUUUCAUCAUAUUUAAUAAUGGUUUUCACAUUAGCAGCCUUGGUGUUUUUCCAUUUAGUUUGUUGAAAUGAUUCAAAUUAACAGUAGAUUUUGUAGCAUUGUGUUAUUUUUCUUCAUCAGAUUAUGUAGUUCAUCAAUGUGUAAAAGAUACUUUGGUUAAAUUGAUAUAUUUUAAUAUGCUUCUAACCCUUUAAUUAUAAAAUGAUUCACAAGAAAUAAAUUAUUAUAUUACUAAAGACCACACACAUAGGCGCCACUACUUAUGUAGUGUGUUAAAAAUGUUUUGAAAUAAUUAUUACUGAUUUAAAAAUAUAUUCUACUUCUAAAAUGUUAAUUUUCAAAUAGUUGGAGAAGAAAGGAAAUUGAUGUGGUUUGCCAUAAAACUUUGUAAGGUGUUCAUGGAACUUGGACAGUCUCAGUCAGUGUGCCUAUGUAUGAUAAGUGCUUUUUCACUGUGAGAAACUGUCUUGCCCUACGUGGAAACUCGUAAAAUGUAGUGGGAAUAUAAAUUAUUUACUCUGGGAACUUUGUAUUAUUUUAAAUCAUCUGUAUGCUGUUAAAGUCUUUAUAUACUUGUGAGGUUGAGAAACUAGAACUAUUUCUCUUGUGUUCCUUCCUCUCAGGCCCACAAUUGUGUUCAAGUGUUGGUUUUCCAGCUAUAUGUUGUCUUAAGUUAAAUCUGCAACGUAUAUUUGUCAUUAAUUUUGGGGGACUAUGGAUUUCUGCAGAAACUUGCAUGCCAAUUAAUAAAUUUAGGAAGCAGAAUCCAUUUUUGCAUGCUACAAUUGAGCUGUAUGUAGCAGUCAAAGCCAUGCUGGUUGGUUAUAGAAGGGGGAUAAUAUAGAGCCACUCCUACAAUAGAGUAACAUCUAAACAGGGCAGUUUUUAUGCAAUUUUCCCUUUGUCUCUCUUGAAAAGAGGCUAAGGUCCUAGGAGUGUAUAGUCUUAAAAAUUUUAAGUGAACUGUAAAAUUGCCUUAGAUGAUUGUUUAAAAAGGUUAGUAAGUGAAACCCUUAAAGGGUAAUCAUAUACUAAUAAAGGAUUGUAAAACAACUUCUUCUUGUUCUAUUAGGUCAGUGUUCUCCUUUCUGAAUUGGUCAUAUGUUAAACUCUCCCCCUGUGGCCCACCGGAUCUGAACUAAUGAGAUUUAUAUUCAUGGACAUAAUAUGAUUUUCCAGUGUUUUGGAACAACCAUUUACAACCUUACAAACAUCUAUAUGUAUGUUACAGGGCCUCAUCAUGACAUUAAAAAAAUAGAAUAGUUUAUCAGCUUAAAGAGUAGCUUAGCUUGGCCCAUGUAUAUUCUAGCAAGUAAUUUCAUAAGAAAAAUAAGGUACUUAAAAUGAUAAAGUGAAUGUUCUUAUUUCUUAUGCAUUUUAUUGACAAAUGAAUAAUUUUACUUAAAUACACUAACAUUUCAUCUGUAUAAUUAAAAAGGAACAGUUAGAAAACACUAAUAUUAGUUGUAAAAGAUUUUCACAUGUAUGACAAUAUGUUGACAAUUCUUACUGUGUUAAUCCAAAACGUAAAGACUUGAUGUCAUAGAAUUUGGUUUAGUAGGAAAAUAAAUGUUCAAAUAUGUUUAUAUUUUUAAACUACACAAGCAAUAAUGAUAAUACCAAUUUAGUCUAAGGCUUUGUAAACAUUUAGGAAAACUGAAACUUUAUUUCCCAAAUCAUUUUUUAUAUACUCAAAUUUUAGACAUAUAUAAUUUUGUAAGCUAGGGAUAAGACUAAUAAAUGUUUUAUUUUGUAGAAAGAUGUUAAAGGCUAAAGAUAGGAAUGAAACAGAACAUGUUGUACCUUAUUUGUGUGCUUCUAUAGUAAAUUUAAUUUAUGAGUUUUGGCUUAUUUUCUUAGAUAUCAAAAUGUCAGAUUAUUUUUUGCUAAACAUGUACAUUCUAGUGUAUUUUAUCAUAUCUUAUAACAUUAGUACAUUCCAUUAGAAUGGAAUUCUAAUACUUGACAUUUUUAUUUUUAUUUUUUGCUUAUGAUGUCUCCUUUCCCUAAUCUCAUUCUAUAGUUAAGCAAAUAACCAUUACUUAAAUUUUUUCCAAAUACUACCUUGAUAUUAUAUAUAGAUAAUGAUAUAGAAGUUUUUCUUCUUUUUGUUUGAAGAUUCAACUUUCAGGGUUUUAAAAGUGUAUGUAUAUAUACAGUGUAUGUGUAAAGAUAUACAUGGAAAAGGAAUGUAUAAAAUAUAUUAAGAGAGGGGUUACAUGGGAAAAUUUGGUUAAAUAAUUUAUAUUUUUUAUAAUGGUCUUUCAAAUGAGAAUGAAUAAGUUUUAUCAGAAGUUACCAAAUAUAUGAAAUGGGAAUAUCCGGGUGAUAGUGCUACUUAGAAAAUGCUAGUAGGUUUUUAUUUUAAAGUAAUUAGAAUCAUGGAAAAUGACAACAGAAUGGUUCCCAUGAGACUUUAUUUCUAGAGGAAGCCUGAUAAUUAGAAAGAAAGAAACCAGUAUAUAAAAUUAAUGGGGGAAAAAAUGGUAAAACUUUUGUUUUGAGAAAGUGCUGUUGAAUUUGUACUUUUUAAAAAGAUAGAUAUGAAAACUCUACUACUGUUAAGUACUAAUUGGGAUGUAUGCUAUCUAAAGUGUUUUAUUAGCAUAUAUACCCAUCACGUGCUAGGUCUAGUGAAUAAAACCCAAACCAGGUUAAUUUCUGGUUGGUGCAAUUUUUUGAUGAAUCUCAGUAAUAAUCAAGUCUGUUUACAAAUGUUAAAAAAAGACCCUGGUGGGUUUGCCCUUCUAGAGUGAAUAUUUGAACAAGUGUGUAAGUAUUGUAUAAGUGUCCUUUUUGUUGUAAACUGUCAGUUAUGAGUCCUGAAAGAACCUGGUUUGGGUUCUGAUUAAAUUAAUAUUUACUCUUG